ACCAGGGAGUAGCUGGCCUCGCUCCAGCAAUUGCUUUUUGUCUUUGAGUAUAAUCGAUCGAUUGGCCCUCUAGAAGGCGACAAUGGUACCAGCACUGCGCUCUGCAGCUUGUCCGUUGCAAUUGGGGAGAGUGCUUGCUCGCCGGCAGAGCUUCAUCGAGAUAUCAAAUUACUUUCGAGGCCGCGCAGCUACACGACCAUCACACCUGAAAUGCAUCCUCCAGGGAGUUACCCGGUGUUAUUCCACUGACAAAACGAACGAAGCUGCGAAGUUUCUAGGCCAAUACUCUAAAUCAAGUGAGAAUCUGUCUCUCGAUUGGUGUGAAGAUGGCGAUUCUGGUGCUAAGAAUGUAUGCUGACAUGGAGACUUGUAGUUGAUUUUCCACCCGCCUCUACCACCUUUAGAGAUCUAUAUAAAGAGCAGAACAAUGGGCGGCCAGUCACGAUUCACGGAUAUAUUGGCAAACGGAAGAAAAUUGGCAAGAAUAUGACAUUUGUCCGGUUGAGCGACCCUACCUUAUCCCGAAGUGUCCAGAUUGUGGUAUCAAAUCCGCACUCUCUCAACGCUUUGAAAUCAAUUGAGCCGAACAGCGCCGUUGUCGUUAGCGGAAUUGUGAAAUCAAAGGAAAGUCAGUCUCAGUUCCGUGAAUCAGGCGACAAGUGUGAGCUUGACGGCGUGGAGAUUGAGCUGCAAGAUGUGCAAUGUUUAAAUGAGUUCCCAAAGGAUAUCAUUAUAACUCCGGACACAGUGUUUCCACCAAGUAAAAGGCAUUUGCAGAUCCGCAAUGACCCUUCUCUUCGACAGACCUUGGCAUUUAGGGCAAAGGCAAAUGCAGCUUUGCGUCGAGCCCUGGAAGAAUGUGAGCCACCAUUCUUAGAGAUCGAAACUCCAAUCUUGUUCAAGUCUACCCCUGAGGGUGCUCGGGAGUUUUUGGUUCCUACACGGAAUCAGGGGCUAGCAUACGCACUGCCGCAAAGUCCGCAGCAAUACAAACAGAUGCUCAUGGCGAGUGGCAUCCCUCGAUACUACCAAUUUGCUCGAUGCUUCCGAGACGAGGACCUGCGUGCUGAUAGGCAGCCGGAGUUUACACAAGUGAGUGUGGUUUUGUUAAUUAUUCUUCAAUAAUACAAAAAAAUAAAGUCAACUCACGCAAUUGUCUAGCUCGAUAUGGAGAUGUCGUUUGCCACGGCUGAAGAUGUUAUUACUACCACUGAAGCUUUAGUCAAGAAGCUAUGGGCCUCCGUUAUGCCUGAACCUCUUGGGCCGGAACCAUUCCAUCGCAUGUCGUAUUACGAAGCGAUGGGUUCCUAUGGUAGCGACAAGCCAGAUACCCGUUUUGACAUGAAACUUCACCGGGUUGAGCAAUAUCUACCUGCAGAUUUCAUAGGCAAGAUCAGUUCUUUAAACUCCCCUGUUGUCGAAGCCUUCAUAGUCAAAGGAAACGGCCAUCCUGAGGAAACCAUGAGAGUCCUGAGAAGCUUCAUGAACACUCCAGAGGCCAAAGAUUUCUUAGACAACCCCGAUGGAGCUCCAGGGACCUUUGUCAUUGAUUCCUCGAAGCCAAUGGGCGGUUUGUCUGCCGCAGGGUUUGAAGGUGCAUGGGAUCUGGAAACUCUGUUUAAAUCAGAACAUGGUGACUUGAUAUUUUUCCAAUGUCGGAAAGAUGAGCCUUUUAGCGGAGGUUUAACUAAAGCUGGUGAGCUACGUUUAGCCGUCCACCAGUAUAUGGUUGAAAAGGGGUUCCUCAGUCCUCCCGUCGGAUUCGAUUUUCAUUGGGUUACCGGCUUCCCUCUCUUUUCCCCCUCGGUCGAGACAGAGCCAGGCCAAGGUGGCACCGCUGGGAUAGCUUCAACUCAUCAUCCCUUCACCGCACCUCGGACAGCAGAGGAUGCUGCCCUUCUAUUAACAGAUCCGACUAAGGCUAUCGCUGAUCAUUACGAUUUAGUCGUGAAUGGCGUCGAGCUUGGCGGUGGAAGUCGUAGAAUCCACUCAGCAGCAGUCCAAGAGUUCGUUCUCCGGGACAUCUUAAGAGUUCCGCCUUCCCGCCUACAAAGCUUUUCUCAUCUGCUAGAAUGCCUCAGGGCGGGCUGUCCUCCCCAUGCAGGCAUUGCACUUGGCUUUGACAGACUGAUCGCCGUCAUGCGAGGCACUCAAAGCGUUCGCAAUGUGAUCGCCUUUCCAAAGGGCAAUAAGGGAGAGGACCCAAUGGUAAAGACUCCCAGUCCAAUGACAGAGGACUCAUUACAAACUUAUCAUUUACAACUACGCCAAGGUGGCCAAAGUUGACCUGGUUAGACCAGUUAGACGAAUUUGUCAGGAGACGUUCUAGAUUUCCCGCAAGGUUCAUUUGCACUAUGCAAUUGAGCUUUAGAUCCUCCUAUACUACGAUUAGAAGUUUUAGGCAGACACCCUGUAUAUUAGAGAAUCCGUGUGCAUGUUAGAAGCGUUUAUGGUAUCAUAGGCGCAAAAAGAGAUACGGGGACUCCAUUGUCUUUUUAUAAAUUAGACGCAUAUUACGGAGUACCAUUUGGCAGAUCAUCAAUCACUGUGCUAAUAAUGGAAGCGAUCUCAAAAUUAGGUAUGGGUACAAACCAGUUGUCGCACGGAAUACAUGACAGCGAGUUAACUAGCCCACAUGCUAAAAGACAAAAUACAAAAUACACAUCAUUCACCAGACUAGGCAACACUUAUAAUUCAUUUGGUUAGUGAAGGCUCUCCCCAUCUCCCAGGCCGACCUAGGUACGGGAAAUUGGAGAGAUCUGAUAACGAAAUAUUCCGCAGAGACUCCAAAUGUCCAAGAAAGCUACCGUCAGCCUUUUCAUUAGACAAUAUGGACUGCAUUCUCCGGACUGCCCUUAUUUUGGCCUCGUAAUGAUCUGGGCAUGCAGGUCUGACUUCCCCGUCUCAGGGAUGAUAGGCAUCGACCUGGCCAGGGAACCCUGCUAUAUUCUUCUCACUCCGCAGCGUCUCCAUCCGC